AUGAUUGCUAAGUAUUGUUGGAUGAGUUUGGACAAUUGUUUAUGGUGCAUCUUUUAUACGGGGCAGCCAACGCACGUCUCUGAUGAGUGGGCUGUAUCAGCAACUAGUGACAGCAUGCAUAUCAUUGGUGCCAUAUCAACCUUCAUCCCAUCAUCUGGUGCUUUCCAUUACCUGCAAUUUGGUGAACCUCCUGAAACACAGGUCUCUUAUCGAUUGAUCAUGUCAGCAACAAGGAGCAGGUUUUUAUCUUUGGCGUCAGCAAGCUUUCGAUCAUUUGGUGGUUCUGAUUAUCGGCAAUUCCUUUGA